AUGACACUUAAGGAAGUUUCAUUCCGUCCUCCCAACUUUUACCCGGCUUUCCCGGGAGUUAGUUGCCGUGUUGUUUUGUUGUCUUUCUCCCUGUCCGGGCUGGUACCACCCACCUUCCGCCCGCGCCCCCUCCCCCACCUCUCAGGCGCUCUCCUUGAGGAGGGAGAGGGCGGAGAGUCGAGCCCUCCUCCUCAAAGCGGCUGCCCCGGCUCUGCACCCGAUCGAUGCGCGGCGGCGCGGGGCGCUCACCAGGAGAAGGGCUCUGACGUCAGGCCCCCGGGAGGUGGUAGUUUCCAGCGCGAGCUGUCAGACCCGGUGGCAGGUUAAGGGCUUCCGAGGCACCUUUCAAGCAGCCCCCCCCCCGGAGCGCCCGCCCCUUCCGAGCGGCCUGCCCGGGCACACACAAAGAGGGGUCCCUCGCCUCGUCCGAGCCAGCCGCGGCCACUAACACGCGCCUUCUGCCAAGAGGACCUGGCUUGCAAACCCGGGCCGGGGAGAGGCGCCAGGAGGAGGUGAAAGGGGGUGGGAAACAACACACCGCGAGGAAGAAAAUGAAACCGACCAGGAAAAGCUUGAACCCAGAUAGAUCCAUCAGCAGUUCUACCAUGUCGGAUAGUGACUUUGGAGAGGAUGACGGGAUUCUGUCUCAGGAACAGGAUCCCCUCCAGGCUGGCAAGAGGAAGCGAAGGGGUAAUCUUCCAAAGGAGUCUGUGAAGAUUCUCCGGGAAUGGCUGUAUGAGCACAGGUUCAACGCAUAUCCCUCUGAGCAGGAGAAACUCAGCCUUUCUGGGCAAACAAGCCUUUCUGUUCUCCAGAUAUGUAAUUGGUUCAUAAACGCCAGGCGCAGGCUUCUCCCUGACAUGCUGCUGAAGGACGGCAAGGACCCAAACCAGUUCACCAUUUCUCGCCGAGGUGCCAAAGCCAGUGAUGCUGCAUUGACCCGUGGCAGCGCUGCGGGUGCUGGACUCUUGAUGGUGCCACCGCCUGCUGCCGCCACUGCCCCGUCCUCCAAGGUGCUGCCCAUGUCUGUCUGCCCCUCCACGCUCUGUCCCACUGUACGGCGUCCAGCCGGUAAUGUCUGCACAAUGAGGAGCGAGCAGGAAAACCGGCCCCCAUUCCAGCGGGUGGAGCUGGAACCCCCCCACCCCAAGCCACCGCAGCUGGGUGCAACCGGCAACACUCUGGCGCUUCUAACCCGAGCGGAGGCCGCCAGUCCCACCAGUGGACUCUUUAACACACCACCUCCGACACCCCCGGAGCUCUUUGGGGAGGACUUCAGCAGCUUCCAGUUGCUGGUAGAAGUGGCUUUGCAAAGGGCAGCCGAGCUUGACUCGCAAAGGCUGAGCGGGCAGUUGCCUUCCUCGCUGCAAAGAGAGGCUGCCCUUCCAGCUCUUUCCAGAAAAACCAAGUAGCCGGUGGUGUCUUCUUCAUUUCCCCCCACUCUCUCGGAGGCUUUAUUUUUUUUCUUCCUUCCUUCCAGGGUUUGUUUUCUCUUGGCCCUCUACAGUGAGAGGCCUCUUGGCCAAAAGUUAAUGCUGUGAUAAGGCUUCUUUUGAACCAGGAACAUUAAAAGCUUUCAUGACUUUUGCUGUAGGGCUGCCAGCUCAUCUUGGAAGCAGGUUGCCUGACCUUGAUAAAAAACACUCCUCUGCCCAUUCAGAAGAUGGGGGAAAUCACAUCAUCCUUUGGUUAGCAUCACACCUUGGAGCCAGGUGGAAGAGGUGUUGUUUCUGUGCUCAGAGGUCCUUGAAUCUCGGGGCAAACUGCUUUUGAAAGGCCCAAGAGACUUGUUCUAAGAGAACAUGGCUGCCGGUCCCCCUCUUUGUUACUGUGACUCUGUUUGCCUCAAAGGGCUUGUGCAGAGGUUCUCCUGUGUCUCCCCACCCUGACCCCAUUUUCAAAGCCUGCUGACAUAAGGGAAGAGAACAGGAAAAGGGUCCAAAUGGUAAUGGAGGAGAAAUGGUUUAAAGAGAAAAAGAGUACUACUUUCUGUUUCUUUUAAAGUAAUCUAAGGUGGAAAAGGGGUGUGUUUGUUUGUGCGUGUCAUUUUACCGUUUCUCAAAACUUCUCGAUGUAAAUCUUUCUGACGGGGGCAGGUGUGUGUAUUUUUUUUUCUAAGUUUUGUUGAAGGUGGGUUUUUUUGUUUUUGUUUUAAAAGAAAAAUACUGUAGCAUUUCUUAACAUUCUUUUGGUAUGGUGUGAAUCAGUGGCUGGUCCUUGUAUCACACUGAAUGGGAGCGCCCCCACCCCAUGACAGAACAAAUUAACUGGAAAUGUGAAUGCUUGUGGCAUUUUUCUUUUGUAUUUGGGGGUGCACAGGUGGGCGGGGUGGGGCAGGGAAAUCUGCUGCCACCCUCUGGAUACUGAUGCCAGUAAGAAGAACAAAGACAAUAUAUGGUGCUGUUCAGCAAUCUUUGUUACUGAUUUUGAGAUGUUGGUAGAAAUUUGGCCUGCUUUUGGUAGCUCCGGCAUUUCUUCUGCGUACUCUUCCCUGUGUUUCUCCUGUACAAAUAUGGUCACAAAUCAGGGAGAAGAUUGACACUAGCAGGAUGCUAACCAAAAUCAGCAAAGGGCAUUUUGGAGUUAGGGAGAAGGAACUAAACAAGACUCUUUGACUGUGAAGUUGCUUUAAACAACCCCUUAUUUU